AUGUCAAUACCUACGACCUGGUUUUGGACAAGCGCGAGAUCGCGGAUUCGACGAUUGAGUCGCCUAUGCUUGUCUCUUAGACUUCUUAUCCCGUCCUGCCUGCCACCCAUUAUCUUGACCGGAACCCAAAAAAAAAGGAACUCAGGGGCAGGCAGCCCGGUCGAUGUAGGCCGCACUACUCUAUCUCGCUCUUGGCAGAGAUGCAUGGUCACGUAG